ACCCAUUUGAAAAUCCCGCUACCAAAUAAAAACCCAAAAAUCCACGGGGUUCGCUUAUCGUCCCCAAAGUUUAAACCUUUUAGAAAUGAAGGGUUUUGAUUUUGCCCAGAAUUUGCUGAAAAGGAAAUGAGUUCGGGGGAUUUACAUAAGGUUUGGGAAAUCAAGGCAUUGAAGAGGAAACCUGGAGUAAAAGAAGCCAAAAAAUUCUUAGAGAAAAUAGCCAAUCAAGUUAAACCCAUUAUGCGUAAGCAUAAAUGGAGAGUCAAGGUCCUCUCAGAAUUCUGUCCGAAUAAUCCAGCUUUGCUAGGGCUGAACGUGGGACGUGGCAUCCACGUCAAGUUAAGGCUAAGGAGACCGAACCGGGAUUGGGAAUUUUAUCCCUUUGAUCAUGUUCUUGAUACAAUGCUUCACGAACUUUGCCAUAAUGCUCACGGUCCUCAUAAUGCUACUUUUUACAAGCUUUGGGAUGAACUUAGAAAGGAAUGUGAGGAGCUCAUGUCAAAAGGAAUAACUGGCUCAGGGGAGGGGUUUGAUCUUCUUGGGAAGCGCUUGGGUGGAUUUUCCCGACAACCUCCACUCUCAUCUCUUCGCCAGACUGCAUUAACUGCAGCAGAGAACAGAGCUUGCUUGGGGUCUCUAUUGCCUUCUGGACCUAAAUGUCUUGGUGGUGACAGCACCAUUAAGGAUGCACUUAGUCCUAUACAUGCAGCUUCAAUGGCUGCAGAAAGGAGAUUGCAAGAUGAUCUUUGGUGUGGUUCUCAUUGUUCUGAGAUUGCUGGAAAUGAAGAAAGUUGUGCUGAUACUUUGCAGGAUCAUUUGGAUUCGGAUCAAGGAGCAGAGAAAUCGAGUGUAAAAGAUGGUUCCAGUGGACACGCUUUUGGCAGAACCUCUCUUAAACGAGGCCGCAGGCAAGAUAAACCAGAAUCCAACUUUGUGGAUUUAACUACACCAGUAUCUGGAUCUGCUUUUAACCAAGGUGCUAAAUCUCCUAAACAAAUAUGCAAAUCCAAUAACCUUAUACCUUCAAGUGCAUCAUCUUCAGUCACUGUGGUGAAUGAUGAAUCUCCAGAUAAUCGAGGAGUAACUGCUAUGUGGGAGUGCAAAUCAUGCUUUUUACUGAAUCCUUCAUUUACCCCAAUAUGCGAGCUUUGCUUUAUUGAAAGGCCCAGAGACAUCGGCACCAAGUACAAAUUUUGGUCCUGCAAGUUUUGCACCUUGGAAAACCCUGUGAAACUGGAUAAAUGCUCGGCAUGUGAUCAAUGGAGAUAUUCACAUGGCCCUCCUAUAUCGAUUCCAGCUCCCAAUCGCGGUACAUGAGAAGUAACAUCCCAUAAAU